AUACUAAGGACAAAAUGGAUUAUUAGACGCGUUUGUCUUGACAAUCCAUUUACCGGUUAUUAAGACAAUUAUGGAGUUGUUUUUAGAUGAUAUUAUAACAAUAGUACACACACAUCUUGAUGGAACGUUGGGAGUUAAAUAUGUAAUAUCAUAAUUACAUAUCCGGGGCUACUGUAACGCGUUCUUCGAAACAUGAAUUUGUUUAACAACGUGAAAAAUACAUCUUUACGAUAAGGCGAUUAACAUUUCUGUCUGAUAAUACGUAAGUGUUUUGUAAGUACCAUUAUUGAUGUGUUUUUGGUGUCGGUGCAUUCUCAUAUUCUUUAGAUGGUUUUGCGAAAAGUGAGUGGAUUUAUUCACAUCUUCUGUAUGGAACCAAAGAAUUUUGCAUGUGUGUGGAUUUUACUCUAUGGAUUUAUAUGCCAGAUGACUGCCCUUGACCUUUCCUCCGAUACCAGCCACCACAACUUCAAAAAACGAACUCAGUGUCGUGACUCUCUGGGCAUGCAGUCCGGCGCCGUUCCUGACUCAGCGAUCACAGCCAGCUCCUCUUUCGAUGACGACACCGUCGGACCGAAGUUUGCAAGGAUACGUACAGAGACGAUGGGAGGAGCCUGGUGUCCCAAACCGAUGAUCAGCCAGAACUCGUAUGAGUACCUGCAGAUUGACCUCGGCAAACUCUCUGUGGUAACCAUGGUGGAGAUCCAGGGACGCUUUGGGAAUGGCCAGGGUCAGGAGUAUACAGAGCAGUUCCUGUUGGAAUAUCAAAGGGAGGACAUGGGCGAGUGGAUGAGAUUCAGGAACAAGCAGGGGCAGGAGUUGUUCAAGGGCAAUGAGAACACGUACCUGACGGAGAUGAGAGAGGUUACUCCCCCCAUCAUUGGCCGCCGUGUCAGGUUCAUCCCGUUUAGCAAGACUCUCCGUACCGUGUGCAUGAGGGUUGAGAUUUAUGGCUGCAAGUGGGAAGAUGGUGUGGUGUCGUACAGCGUGCGUCAGGGUGACCGGCGUGGAUCGGAGCUGGACUUUGUGGACUUCACGUAUGACGGCAUGAUCCAGGAGAACUUCCUGUUGGAGGGGCUGGGUCAGCUGACAGACGGGGAGGUAGGGGACUACAACUUCAGGCUCGACAACGAAGAACUGCGGAUAAAAGGAUACGAGUGGGUAGGCUGGCGUAAUGACACUCAGGACUUCCAGGGUCCUCUAAUUAUCACGUUUAAAUUUGAUCAAGUGCGCAACUUCAGCAAAGUCUUCAUCAACUGCAACAACCUCUUUUCCAAGGAUGUUCGUGUUUUCAAGGUGGCGCUGGUUUACUUCAGUGUGGGUGGGAAUCUCUACCAGAACUCACCGGUCAAGUAUGACUUUAUUCGGGAUGACGUGGUGGAAUAUUCAAGACCAGUGAUGAUCAAACUGAACAACAACAUGGGCCAGUACGUGCGUCUGCAGUUGUACUUUGAUGCCAAGUGGAUCAUGAUCAGUGAGGUGCAGUUCAUAUCAGAGCCUGCAACUGGCAACUUCACAGAGGAGGUUCCCCCCGCAACCUUGAAACCCCCGCUGGUGCCUCCCAAACCAGAGGACAAGUACUACGAACAUGAGCUGAACAUUGGCAAGGAUGGCAAAGCUACACAGGCAGGCAAUGUAGAGCCAGAGAAAGCUCCCAAGCAGCAGACGCCAGGAAGUGACAUCAUCGGUAUCAUCAUCGGUUCCGUGGCGGGGCUUAUUGCCAUCCUAAUCGCCAUAGUGAUUUUUAUUGUGUGCCAACACAAGCGGAAUAAGAACAACAACCGGCACAUGAAGACUGCAAUUGUGGAUACACACAACCAGAUCACCCUAAAUAUGUCUGACCUGCGUGGGACACACACCAACGGCAAGGUGCUCAACGGAAACAUGUACAAUGGGGUCCCUUUCACGGAGCUCGAGUCUGACAGGGAAUGCUGCAGCGAGCGCCCAAAGCACAAUGGUCAUCGCGAAACGAAGGACUCUGUUAUCGUAAAUAGGGCCAGCAUGGCCCCUAAUUUGACUGACCUCCCAGAAUUACCUUCACCAGUAGAAAGCCAGGAUAACGCUGACCCCGAUGUUACCAAGUUAGUCCUGAUGACCUUCCCACAGUCUCGCAAGCAGAACAAUCUCGACAAGCCGUCCCCACAGUAUGACGCCCUCUACGCUGCAGCCGACAUUGUCAGCACAAAGGUCCCCAAUAUACCCUCCUUGCAGGGUGUGAGUGGUAACAAUGUGUACGCUGUUCCCAAUGCAGAGCUGCUUCUCAGCAUUGAUGUUUCUGUCAACGAAUUCCCACGCGAGAACCUACGCUUCAUUGAGGUGUUGGGACAGGGGCAGUUUGGAGAGGUUCACCUGUGUGAUGCAGUGAACAUAAGUCACUUUGUGGAGGAGGACUUCAUAAUGAAUCGCACACUGUCCAGACCGUGCCUGGUGGCCGUGAAAAUACUCAGAACCAACGCAGAGGACAGAGCCAGAAAGGACUUUCUGAAGGAGAUCAAGAUCAUGUCCCAGCUACGGGACCCUAACAUCGUGCGUGUUCUGGGCGUAUGUACGGGGGAGGAGCCACUGUGUAUGAUAGUAGAGUACAUGAAGUAUGGAGACCUCAACCAGUUUCUGCUGGACCACGUGCUGGAGACACCUUCCGCACAGGCUAUCAACGCUAAAAUUCUCAGUUACGGGUGCCUGAUCUACAUGGCGUCCCAAAUUGCCUCUGGCAUGAAGUACCUCGAGUCUCUGAACAUGGUGCAUCGUGACCUCGCUGUACGCAACUGCCUUGUUGGCAUGAACUUCACUAUCAAGAUUUCUGAUUUUGGGAUGAGUCGGAGUUUGUACAGUGCUGACUAUUACAAGAUAGAAGGACGAGCUGUGCUUCCGAUACGAUGGAUGGCCUGGGAGUCUAUACUACUGGGCAAGUUUACGACAAAGUCAGACGUCUGGUCCUUUGGAGUUACGCUAUGGGAAAUAUUGACUUUUGCCCGUGAUCAGCCAUAUGAUAAUCUAAGUGAUCAUCAAGUGAUUACCAACGCAGGACAUUUCUACAGAAACGAUGGACAGCAGAUGCUUCUACCACAGCCCAUUGUGUGUCCCCGUGAGAUUUACGACAUGAUGGUCGAAUGUUGGAACCGCUCUGACUGUGAGCGACCCACAUUCAAAGACAUACACAUGUUCUUGUUACGAAAGAACAUGGGAUACAAUCCAAAGGAUGAAAAGUUGAACCAAAGUUCCAGUGUGUUAGUUGCAGUGACUAAAUAUCGAAGUUGAACUGUUACAGCUAAGCUAUUGACUCAUUCUGUUCUCUUAUCUCAAGAAUUGGAAGCAAGAUAAAGCUUAAAGCCUUCAUCAAUUCUUUCAGUGUCCUAUUUUGCUAUUUACUAAGAAAUGUCUCAGUCAACGACUUGAGUAAAUAGUAACUAAUAUUAUUUCUUUCUUAAUUUGUGCUAACUGUUAUAUUUAUAUAUGACCGGUUAAUAUUUUUCAAAUUAAAAAAAAACGACACUGCAUUGUUUACAAUUAAGUGUAAAAAUUCUUUAGUUGAAGGAAUUUAGAAUAGUCAUUGUUGAUAAUUAAAUGGGAAGGAAAGUGUCAAGAAUGUCUUCUUUUAAAAGUUUGAUAUUAUUUGUUUUAUAACAGAAGUAGCACACCUUCUUGCUCCAUACGUCUUUAAGUGCAAUGUGUACCCUGUAGAGUACAGUCAGACUUUGUUACCUCAAAACAGUCUAAGAAACUUGUUGACAGUUUGACCAACAAUUUUUGUUUUGAAAAAUUGUCCUAGAUUCAAGAAACGAAUGUAUACAUUAUAUUGAAACCCUCGCAAUAACACUCACGACUAUGAAGCCUGUAAACAAUGCUAAAUCAAGUAUGAAUAAUAAUCAAUAGCAAUCAGAACAAAAAUGUUUCAAGGAAAUUGUAUGUAUAACGAAAUGAAUAUAUAAUGACAAGUUCAAAAGAUCUUGCUGUUUACAAUGACCCUAUGCUAGAUUUUUGUGCUUGAUUUUAUAACUGAUGUUUAAACAUUAAAAUUGAUGUUGAAAUUCUUAAUUGCAUCAAAACACAAUCGUACAAGACUAAAUAUUACAUUAUAUGUGUUUAUUAAAGUUGGUAAAAUUGUGAUGUUGGAAUGUAAAUUGCCUUUAAUUAUU